AGAGAGCAAAGUAGUUCCUGGAAGCUGAGUCAGGGAGAGCCCCAGAGCUCAGAGCUGCAAGGAGAACAUGUGGACACAGGAGUUAGCUUGGUGGCUCACCCCAGGGUCCCUGCCUUCAGGCACCAGAACCAGCAGGGAAGGUUCCCCUGGCACUAGCUGAGUAUGAAGGCUUACUGUGUUUGUGACCUUGUAGGGUUGGGCAAAAAUGUACUGAGGAUCUCCAUCCUCCAGAAGCACCAGGGCACUCUGUGGGCUCCUUUCUUUUCCCCUUUGAUUCCCACAAGACGAGACCUUACAUGCCCCAUCAGUCUCUAGGGAGAGAGGGAAAGAGAGAGAGAGAGAGUGCUCUCACUCAGGUGGCUGGGCAUUCCUUGGCCUCAGAGGCAGGGCAAAGUGUGCUUAGCUGUCUCACCUGUCUCUGAGGAGCCUCCCUGGCACACCCCACACACCUGACGCUGCUCUGGAAGAAGCCAUGCAACUUGCUGCCACUGCUUUCCUGGCUAGAGAACAUCUGGCUCGGCAGCAGGCAGCCAGUAUAGGACAGCCACUCCUCCACUGGCGGGGCAGCCAGGCACUCAGCUGUGGAGGACCCAUGGGCAGAGAUGCUUAGGAGAAACCUCCCCCAAGUCCUCUGCCUCGGGCUGAUGCUGGUCCUCGCUGUCAACCUCCUCCUGUUGUUUCACACCAAGGAGACCGUACAGAAGUUGAUUCAGCGUGGUCUUCAUGAGGAGCCCCAUCGGCCUCCACCUGAGAGGGAUGAGAUCGUGAUGGACAGGCUGGCCCACCUGGAGGUGGUUAUGCAACAACUGAAAGAAGAUAUGAAGUUGGCUGUGAAGCAACAAGCGAAUGUGCAGGACACACUAAAGAGGGUGAAAGAUGAAGUUCACCCUGCCCCAAAGACAGUGCCACACAACGUGGUGAAGACAAAGAAGCCCCAGGCCCCAAAGAAACUCUUCCCAGACUCUGCACUCUUCCAGAGGUGGGGAGAGGACCUUCCUGAGGCUGAGCAAAGAAAGGCCCAGGACCUGUUCCACAGGUUUGGCUAUAACGUGUACCUCAGCAACCAGCUGCCCCUCGACCGCAGCCUCCCCGACACGCGGGAUUCCAGGUGUCUUCAGAAGACAUACCCUUCCCAGCUCCCUUCUCUCAGUGUGAUCCUCAUAUUCAUGGAUGAAGCUCUGUCUGUUAUACAGCGGGCCAUCACCAGCAUCAUUAACCGGACCCCUCUUUGGUUGUUGAAGGAAAUCAUUCUGGUGGAUGAUUUUAGCUCAAAUGGAGAACUAAAGAUACCCUUGAAUGAAAAGAUUGAAUUUUACAACCAGAUGUAUCCUGGACUGCUGAAAAUAAUACGGCAUGCUGAAAGAAAGGGCCUUGCUCACGCACGCAACACGGGCUGGAAAGCCGCCAGCGCUGAUGUGGUCGUCAUUUUGGAUGCUCACGUGGAAGUGAAUGUUGGCUGGGCAGAGCCCAUCUUAGCUCGAAUUCAGGAAGACCGCACUGUGAUUAUAUCGCCUGUGUUUGACAACGUUCGUUUUGAUACCUUCCAACUGUUGAAGUAUGAAGUGGCAGUGGACGGGUUUAACUGGCAACUGUGGUGCCGCUAUGACUUCGUGCCACAAACCUGGAUUGAUCUGGGUGAUGUCACUGCCCCAGUGAGGAGCCCUUCCAUCAUGGGCAUCCUGGCUGCCAACAGGCUCUUCCUGGGAGAGAUCGGAGCUCUGGAUGAUGGGAUGCUGGUCUAUGGAGGAGAGAAUGUGGAGCUUAGUUUGAGGGUGUGGCAGUGUGGAGGGAAGAUUGAAAUCUUACCCUGCUCCCGAGUAGCCCAUGUGGAGCGUCACCACAAGCCCUAUGCCUUGGAUCUAAGUCCUUUCUUGAAGCGCAAUGCUCUGCGUGUGGCUGAGACUUGGAUGGAUGAAUACAAACACAUGGUCUACCUGGCCUGGAACUUACCACUUCAGAACUCUGGGAUUGAUUAUGGAGACAUCUCUUCCAAAAGGAUGCUCCAGGAGAAACUGAAAUGUAAAAGUUUUGACUGGUACCUGAAAAAUGUUUAUCCAGUCCUGAAGCCAAUCCCCAUCCAUGACAUUGUGGGCUACGGAAGAAUGAAAAACUCCUUGGAUAAAGGAAUCUGCCUGGAUCGUGGACCUGUUACAAACAAUAUUCCCAUCAUGUAUGCCUGCCAUGAGUUGGGUUCACAGUAUGUCUACUAUCGCCUGACUGGGGAGUUCUAUGUGGGGUCACUGGUCGCCGAAGUUCACAGUGAUGACCUUUGCCUGACUGACCCAGGGCAUAGGGAAGAGCCUACUUUGGAGCAGUGUUCUAAGGCAGCCCAGAAUAAACUGCACAUAUAUUGGGAUUUUAAGCAGGGAGGAGCCAUGGUCAACAGGGACACACAUCGGUGCCUGGAAAUUAGGAGGGAGCCCUCUGGCACCUAUGUGCCUGUGCUGCAGACCUGCACUGCGCAGGUGUGGGAAAUACAGUACACCCUUGGAAACUUGAGCCAGACCAACGUGCUGUGAGCCUGGGACAGCCUGAGUGUGGGACAACUGGUUUUUGCAGCUGGAAUGGCUCCUACCCCGGCACUUCUCAAAGCAGAGAGGGUGCAGGGUGGAAGGUGAGUGUGUGUGUUCACUGUGACAUCGGCAUGCCAUGUAGAGCACGGGAAGCUUAGCACGUGUCAGGUUGUCUGUGCUGCUGCGGAAGGAGCAGAAGCUCUGGUGUCUUUUCCCCACUUCCCUUGGGAAAUCGUGAUACGCAUCAAUGCCAUUCUUGGAAAGCUCCUGAAAUAACCAGCAUCAUCUGGCAGUUCUGUGGGAGAGAGUAAAGUUUGUCUUUGAUUUCCGCCAACUCUGUUUAGCCUUCCCUCCUCACAGCUGCUGAGGUCCCAGACUUCCUUCCUGGCUCACCUGCUUGGAGGCACCCCAGAUCAUCUGGGGCUGCUCCUCGUGACAGGCAGGGUGCUCCUCAUGCCCACAGCAGUACAGCUCCUCCUCCUCCCACUGCCCAGAAAGAUGCAGCAAACAGACAUUUAGCUCUAACAGAUUCCUCCUUCCAUGCUCCGCAGCAGUCCUGGUUCAAUGGCCAGCUUGGCAAGGAAUGGUGCACAGAGAAUGGCAGAAAAAUCUGGUCCUUUUGAUUUCCUCUGAGUAGGCUGUGACAGUUAGUGCUUGAUUUCACCUAUUUCUCCCUACUACCCAUGAAAGUUAUGGGGAAAAUGAGAGCCAUCUCUUACCAAGGCAAAAAAAAAAUGGCUUCAGGUGAAAAUUAUUAUCCAGAAAAAAAAAAAGAAAAUUAAUGUCCAGGAUUCUUACAAAUGUUCACUUGAUAAACCCUCCUCUAUCCCCAGUUAGUUGGUUGAAAAGAAAUGUCCAGAGCUUUCAAUAUUUGGUGAGCUUUUGGAGGCUGGCAGAGGGGGCUCCAAGGUGGAGAGAGGGUGGGGGUCCCUUACUCAAAAAGCCGUUUUCUCCUUAGCCCACGUCACAGUGACUGUAGGAGUGAUUCUGGGGAUCAUCCAGUUUUCCUUAGGCAUCAGACAGAAAAGACACCAGUGGUUUAUCAUAGAAUUAAAUUGAUUAAGAUGUUUCAAAAUGAGCUUUGAAAGUAUGUAAGUCAUAAGUAUACUUUCUGGUAAAAACUUCAGAGUGAAUACAUGUACCUCAAGAAUUAAAGCAUGGUCAUGAUACAGUUUUGUUAUGAAAACAUUAAGGGGUGGAAUAAAUGUUAACCAAGUGCAUAACUUCUGGAACCUGCCUGGUAAUUGAAUGGAAAAUGUAAUUGUUAACAAAGUUUUAUAAAGGCAUGCACUAAAUAAGACAAAAUACACAUGGCCUUAGAUAUACGAAAAGAUGCUUAAACUUAUUCCAGAUAAAUACCAACUAAAAAUAUAUUGAAAUCUCUUUUUUCUUAAAUUGAUAGUAUAAUUUCCAGUGUAUUUUGUAAGGUGAAAAGAAAAAUGGUGCUUGUAUUGUGUAUGUUUUUGGUAGGAGAUAAGGGGAAAAUAUACACGUGUCUGUUAAUUUCUGUAAAAAUAAAGCAUAAGAAAAAUAAACCAGAAACUAAAAUUGGCUACAAAGAGUGGCUGUGGUGGUUGGGAAUGGGGUGUGAAAGAUUGGGGUACAGGGAAAGGCAGAUGUUAGGCAUGGUGGUGUAUGCCUGUAGAAUCAGGGAGUCUGAGGCAGGAGUGUGGCCAUGAGUGAGGGCAGCCAGGGCUACAUAGUGAAGCUGUCUCAAAAAAAGUGAAAAGCAAAAACCAAAACCAAACAAACAAAGAACAAACUAGAAGGGAGGCAAGGGGAGUGGUAUUUUUCUAUAGUUUUGACAUUUAAAAUAAUACUUCAUUGCUCAAAAUAUAAAUACAUAAAAUCAGAGGUAGAGAGAAAUCUAAAAUGGAUUAUAAAUAAAACAAAUGAACCUAGCUAUAUUUUUGUUUUAAAUGAAAACACACACAAACACACACACAGAGUGUGUGUGUGUACUUAGUAUGCAGCUUCCAAAUUCUAGAUCUUGGUUUCUAAAUAUAUUUCAGUAAAACAAAUUAGAGUUUCCUGGAGAAAUACCUACUUUCUCUGGCUGGACGUACUCCUAAAUUAGAAAGGAAGGAGCUGCUCGCAGGUUGACAGGGACAUGUACAAACCACAGAAACUCAGUUGAAAGUCUUCCCUACUGGCCAAUGCUGGGACUAGUUGAGCAUUAAGAUCAAUAAUGACCACAGUAGAUUGUAAACCAUAUAAUCAGAUAAGAAUCUGUGAGUUCUUUAGGUGACUGAGUGAGGGAAGCUCUUCCUUACAGUAGAGCACCAACUAACCCAUGUGGAAUUAGAAAACCACCAUUUGGCACACACCUUAGUUGAAAUGGUUUCUGUGACAAUCACCAAUGGGUGUGAAGAUGAGUGUGUGAGGAGAAACAGGACACACACAGUGCCAAGGUAACCCUCCCAAAGACAUUCCUUAACUGCAAAGGGGAAAUAGGACUUUCAUGGGGGAGAAAGCUGGCAGACACAGCCUUACCUGAGUGACCAACAUAAACAUCACCGAGUGCUGGACAGAUGGCUUCAUUUGCUUCCUGAUUCAGCAUACCAAAAAGUACAAAACCGUUCCAGUGCUCCUGCCCACAACAUAGAACUUGGCCUUAGAGUCUUGCAAAACAUCAAUUAACCCCAAACUAAGGAACAUUCUUCAGAAGAAAUGGUCCUAUGCUUCAAAAGUGUUAAAGUCAUAGAAGGCAAAGGAGGCAUUGAGGAGCUGUUUCGUAUUAAAGGAGACUAAAAGGGCAGGACAGCUAAGUGUAAUAUGCGGGGCUGGGAUGGAUCCCAGACCUAGAGGAAGUUGCUUUGGUUAGAAAGAAGAGCAGUGUAAAAUUGAUGAUGUUUCAGUAGGAUUUGUUGAUUAGAAAAUAGUACUGUACCUGUGUUAUUUUUCUGAUUUUGAUUCUUGUACUGUGACUCUGUAAAAGAAUAAAAUCCUUUAUAAAAAAUUUAUGGUCACUGAGUUGGUUGGGGAAUGGGACAUUAUCUCUGAGGAAUAAAUGAUAGAUAGAUGAUAGAUAGAGCCAGGGAUGAUAAAAUAAAUGAAUCUGGAUGAAUAGUGAAGAGUAUACAAGAAUUCUUUGUACUAUGCUUACAACUUUUCUUUAAGUCUGAAAUGUUUCAAAAUAAAAAGACUUAAAUCCAAAUAAAAACUGCUUCCUAAGCAUA